AUGCCGUUGCACCCUGCCAUGUCGGGCUCUUGGCCGUUCCCCGCGGGGUCCCCGGGCCCUGGCUCCGCCCCGCGCCUCGCCGAUCCACCCCGGCCCCGCCCGGCCCCGCUCUGGCCCCCGCCCCGUCCGGGCGCUGCGAGCUCCGAGCCGGCGGCGAUGCGGGCGGCGGGGAGUGGGGAUAGCGCCGAGGCGGCGGCCGAGCAGCCCUGGAAGAAAUUUGUGUAUGUUGAGCCAUCUAGGAGAGUUAAAGAAAUACUCGAAGAAGAGCUUUAUAUUCAGGAAGAAGCGUGGCGUGUUAAACAUCCAGCUGCAGUGGCUGUGGAAGGAAUUUGGAGUUUGAAGAAGAAUUUCAACAUUGGAAGCCUGAAACCAGUCUCACAGAACAGAAAUGGUUUACUUUUACAGCCUCAAUUCUACUCAAGGCAUGCAGGAAGGAAAAAUUGCUGAACUGUAGUGCUUUGAAGACCUGAGCCUGUUGUGAUAUGUCAGAUCAAACAUCAGAAUGAUUAGAUGCCUUUAGAAAUGUAAAUUAGUAUUUCUAAGAUUGUGAAGAAAGUUCUGCUUAGGCAGGGAGUUGUUUCCUUUGUUGGUUUAGUCUUAUCCUUGUACUGUUUUUUAUCAGAUGUUGUAGUAGACAAAUCUGACCCCUAUUUCAGCCAGUGAGGAAUGUCACAAUGCAAAGAUAACAGAAUGUGCUUGCUGUCAACAAUGUGCUACUGAGAAACUGGACAUUUUCAUAGGCUUCUUUGUUCCAAAGUGAUUCUAAGUUCCAGUAGAAGAUUGUAAUGUACUUGAAGAGAUGCCUUAAAAUGCCUUAAGCUGAGCCCAUUCAUUAAACCAAGCAGUUCAUAAACCAAGAGUUUGUGGUUUGAUAUCUAGCCUUAUUUAAUAGAAGUUUAACAUAAAUAAGCCUUUCUUAUAUAUAUAAGAGUUAACAUAGCGUCAAAGAACCAGAGGCAGAAUGGAACCUGAAAUAACCUGUCACUGAACUCUCACUCUUAUCCAUUAUUACAGUGAGGUAAUACCAAGUCAUCCUUAGUUUGUGUUGUACUGGGAAACUGUGACGGUGUGCUCCACACAAACACACAGACUGACCUUUUCCUGUAAAUCCUGAUCGAGUAAUAGCCACCAGUGGUGAUUGUGAUGGUUGUGAUGUUUGCAUCAUGGUGAUUUCAGGGGAGACCUCGCAACACUAAAGCCAAGGGCUGAUCUAUGGUAUCACACCCACCCAGUCACAGUGCUGGUCGGGGUCUGACUCAAGCCAAAUCAUGAAGAAACUGGCACCUGUGAUUGACAUGUACAUAUGACUACGAGUCAAUCAUCUUAGUCCAUAAACAGUGUGCAGUGUAAAAGCCCUUUGAGCUUUCCAGAAAUGACAGUGGGUUACACAUUGGAAUCUCCUAUUGAAAGAGAUGCCUCUCAAGGUUACUCCUUGAGCUUGAGAAAAUCCUUGCUGCAACAAACCAUUUGUAAGUAAAUUGGGAAUAAGUGCACUGAAACUUUGUGAUCUUAGCUAAGGGUAUAAAGGGUAGAUUGUGCAUAUAUAAUCCUUUAGACAUAAACUGUUGACCCAGUCUGAGAUUAAAUCUAGAUCCAGCCGCACCUAGGCUUUCUCUGAGGAGGGGUUUAGAAUGUAAGGGGGUCAUUUAUGAACACUGUGACUCAACGGGAGGGUCAAUUUUGCUGCCACAGAGGCAGAUUUGUGACUCUCAUCCGUGCCUCUGCACCUUCUUCCUUUUUGUGCAGCCUUGUACAACACAGAAAUGUCUUUUAGAUAUUUUACUACUGAAUAUUUUAUUUCAGUUAUGAGGCUUGGGUAAUUCUUAGCUGGUACAAUAUGUUCA